AUGCCUACGCUCUCCCAAGAUCGCAUCGAGCCGGGGUCCGUCAACAUCCCUAUCGGAAAAUUCCCAUCCACAACCUCACCAGACCCAUCCUCAACCCCAACAGCAGCAGAAAUUGCCUCAAAGCUCAUCGCAGACUUCAAUGGCGGCCUAACUAACAAAGAUCCUGCUGCGAUCUCGAAAUUGUUCUUACAAAAUGGUUAUUGGCGUGAUCACCUCUCUCUCUCGUGGGACUUUCACACGCUGGCGGGGCAGGAAAAAAUCACUCAAUUUUUGACAACAAAUGGUGUACGACUCACAAAAGUCGAGAUUGACACCUCGACAGUUUUCCGGACGCCUCAUUUUGGGCCGAUUGAUGGCGGUCUUGGACAAGCGAAUGGCGUGGAGUUCUUUAUCAAGUUCACCAGUGACGUCGGAUCGGGCGAGGGCGUGGCCCGCGCAGCUGCAGAGUCCAGUUCUCCUGGACAAUGGAAGUUUUUCAUGUUGUCGACAACACUACUCGAACUGACAGGUCAUGAACGACGAAUCAAUCGCUUCAGACCCAGAGGCGUAGAGCACGGCGGUGAUCCGAAUCGACAGAACUGGAAAGAAAGGCGUGCCGCGGAACUAAACUUUGAGAAUACGCAGCCACAGGUCGUCAUCGUCGGUGCCGGCCAAGGAGGCCUCAGCGUUGCCGCAUCUCUCAAAGUGCUCGGCGUCGACACACUCCUCAUCGACCGCGAGAAUCAUAUUGGCGACAACUGGCGAAACCGAUACCGCCAUCUUGUCCUCCAUGAUCCCGUCUGGAUGGAUCAUUUACCCUAUAUGCCCUUUCCGCCGACAUGGCCGAUUUUCACGCCAAAGGACAAACUAGGAGAUUGGUUGGAGUCUUAUGCAUCGUUUCUGGAACUGAAUGUAUGGACAAGAACGAAUUUGACCUCCUCGUCCUGGGAUGAUACCAGCAAAACAUGGACGAUUACAGUAGAGCGACAAAAAGAAGACGGCAGCAAAGAGACCCGUACCUUCAACCCACACCAUAUCAUUCUCGCAACGGGUCACUCCGGUAAGAAGCAUUUCCCCGAAAUCAAGGACAUGAAUCUCUUCGCUGGAGAUCGACUAUGUCACAGCUCUGAAUUCAGCGGCGCUCUCUCGCUGCCUGACAAAACCACAAAACGAGCUGUUGUAGUUGGCUGCUGCAACUCAGGCCAUGACAUUGCACAGGACUUUUACGAAAAAGGGUACGACGUGACCAUGGUGCAACGCAGCUCAACUCUCGUGGUCUCAUCAAACGCCAUAAUGAGUGUCUAUGUCAAGGGUCUGUUUGAUGAAGACGGUCCGGCCCUCGCGGACGCCGAUUUAUUCAUUCAAAGUUUUCCGGCGGAAGUGUUCAAGAACAUUCAAAUACAAGUCACGGAUCUGGUCGCAAAGCAAGUCGACGCAGGACUACACGAAGGACUUGAGAAGGCUGGAUUCAAAGUUGACCGUGGCCCAGAUGCGGGCGGUAUCUUUAUGAAGUAUUAUCAGCGAGGAGGGGGUUACUAUAUUGACGUCGGGGCUAGUCAGUUGAUCAUCGACGGUAAGAUCAAGAUCAAGCAAGGGCAGGAGAUUUCGCGAAUCCUGCCUCAUGGAAUUGAAUUUGCGGAUGGCUCGACGCUUGAAGCCGAUGAGAUUAUCUUUGCGACUGGAUACCAGAACAUGCGUACCGAAGCGAGGAACAUCUUCGGUGAUGCGGUUGCAGAUCGUUUGGAUUCCGUGUGGGGGUUUGAUGAUGAAGGAGAAUUCAGAUCGAUCUGGAGACCAAGUGGACACCCUGGAUUCUGGUAUAUGGGCGGUAAUCUGGCCCUAGGUCGAUACUACUCCAAAUUGUUAGCGUUACAGAUCAAGGCUAUAAAGGAGGGACUGAACCAGGGUUAA